AUGAAAAAUGCAAAUCACAGGCUAACUGUAAUACAGGUUUUGCUUCUUCUGAUGCAGCAUAAGUACAAAAGGUUGCUGUCAGUAUCUCCGCAGUUGGUUUCUUGAAGGGGAAAAAAGACUGACUGCUCAUAUCCUGUUCUCGAUUAGGACAAGCUGGCUCCUCCUGUGUACCUCCCAGUGGCUGGUAGCUGAAAUGCUGGAAGAUCACAUGCACUGCAUGAUUGUCUGCAAGAGGAGGAGAACAGAACACACAUAUAGACUUUCUCUCUGAACAGUCACUGCUGCAGAUCCAGCAAAGAACGUCAGCCAUGGAGACCCCAGGGCACAAGAGGACCACCAGGAGCAACCAAUCUUCCACUCCGCUCUCCCCAACACGGAUCACCCGGCUGCAGGAGAAAGAAGAUUUGCAAGACCUCAAUGACAGGUUGGCUGUCUACAUCGACAAAGUGCGUUCCCUGGAGUCGGAGAACGCAGGGCUAAGGCUUCGAAUCACUGAGUCAGAAGAGGUAGUGAGCCGCGAGGUGUCUGGCAUCAAGUCCGCUUACGAGACGGAACUGGCCGAUGCUCGUAAGACCCUAGACUCGGUGGCCAAGGAAAGAGCACGACUCCAGUUGGAACUCGGCAAAAUUCGUGAAGAGUACAAGGACUUGAAGGCAAGGAAUUCCAAAAAGGAGGCCGAUUUGCUGGCUGCGCAGGCCCGGCUCAAGGAUUUAGAGGCUCUUCUGAAUUCAAAGGAUGCCAACCUGACCACCGCUCUAAGUGAAAAGAGAACCCUCGAGGCCGAGCUGCGGGAUCUGAAAGCUCAGAUUGCUAAGCUAGAGGGCGCUUUGGCCGAUGCCAAGAAGCAACUUCAAGAUGAAAUGCUUCGCCGUGUAGAUGCUGAGAAUCGCAACCAGACUCUGAAGGAGGAGCUAGAAUUCCAAAAGAGUAUAUACAGUGAGGAACUGCGAGAGACCAAGCGUCGGCAUGAGACGCGACUAGUUGAACUUGACAGUGGUCGCCAACAAGAAUUUGAAAACAAAUUGUCAGAUGCCUUGCAGGAAAUGCGUGCCCAGCAUGAGGGGCAGAUCAACCUGUACAAGGAAGAGCUAGAAAAGACUUAUAAUGCUAAGCUAGAGAAUGCCAAGCAGUCAGCGGACAGGAAUAGUAGUCUGGUGGGAGAAGCGCACGAGGAGAUCCAGCAGAGCAGGAUCCGCAUCGAUAGUCUCUCGUCUCAACUCAGCCAGCUUCAGAAACAGCUAGCCGCUAAAGAUGCCAAAUUACGGGAUCUGGAAGAUGCUCUGACAAGGGAGAGAGACAGCAACCGAAGACUGCUGUCUGAUAAAGACAAGGAGAUGGCAGAGAUAAGGGCAAGAAUGCAGCAGCAAUUGGAUGAAUACCAGGAACUGCUGGACGUCAAACUUGCUCUGGACAUGGAGAUUCACGCGUACCGCAAACUGCUGGAAGGAGAAGAGGAAAGGCUACGUCUGUCUCCAAGCCCCACCUCACACAAGAGAACUGCAAGGACCAGCACAAUGCAUUCUGGGGCACAUGCCUCCACCUCUAAGAGGAGGAAGCUGGAUGGUGGGGAGUCGAGAAGCACUACCUUCACCCAGCAUGCCCGGACCAGCGGGAAAGUGUCUGUGGAGGAGGUUGACCAGGAAGGAAAGUUUGUCCGUUUGAAGAACAAGUCUAGUGAGGACCAAUCACUGGGGAACUGGCAGAUCAAGAGGCAGAAUGGAGAUGAAGCACCAAUCGUUUACAAGUUCCAUCCGCGGUUCACGCUAAAGGCCGGUCAGGUGGUGACGAUCUGGGCAGCUGGAGCAGGGGCCAGUAAUAACCCCCCCUCCGACUUGGUAUGGAAGUCUCAGAAUUCAUGGGGAACUGGCGACAGUAUCCGCACUGCUCUGCUGACCUCCAGCAAUGAGGAAGUCGCCAUGCGCAAGCUUGUGCGCUCAGUGGUACUGGAAGAUGACGACGAUGAUGAUGACGACGAUGAUGAUGAAGUGAUCAUCCACCAUCAUCACCAUCAUGAUGGGCAUAACUCGACUGGAGACCCCGCUGAAUACAAUCUCCGCUCUCGCACUAUUAUGUGUACCACCUGUGGACGCCCAGCUGACAGAGGAACAGACGCCACCCAGAAUGCUGGUGUCACCAGUGGAACCUCCUCGUCCAGCAUGACUCUCACUAGAGCCUUCCGCAGCACAGGAGGAACUAGUGGGGGUAGUGCCCUUGGAGAGAGCCUUGUCACUCGGUCCUACAUCCUGGGGAAUGCCGAAAAACGUGCUUUGGUCGCUCAGCAGAACUGCAGUAUAAUGUAACUUCAAGUCCAGCUUUAUGCAAAGGUGCCCAAGCUAAAGAUGGAACCAAAAACAAAUCCUUUAUUUUCCUGUUUUUUUUUACAGAUUUAUUUUUUAUUUUCUAUAGCAAACAUUUUAUAAGAAAAUUUUUUGUUGAAGACAGCUGUUCUGUGUCUGUUACAAAAAAAAAAUGCCAAAGCUAUACCAUCUUUACCAUGUCACCGGUCCGUUCUUGCCCAGGAGUGUCAGGAAAUGCGGAUCGUCAGGUUGAAGUGCCACUGAGGGUGCAACCUGCGUGCUGCGGUCAAACCUGUGAAAUGUCUCUUAGCAAAGUGAUGCUGUCCUCUCUGGCAGAGACUGCAACCCACCGCCUCCUCACACCAAUGGUACUCCCAAUCUUACAUACUCGUGGUGUGGUGGGAACGGUGGACUUACUUGCACUUUCUGAUAGAGUGGAGAUCAGCACAUUGCAGAGCACAGUUAACCAGAGUGUGGUAUUCUCAAUGAAAGGUUUGAUUAAUGGAAUUGUGCAUAAUAACAUAAAAAAAAGUUUGUAUUGUUUUGUUUUUUGUUUUGUUGUUUGGACAAAAAGCUUGAUUUACAAAGCUGUGGGACACUACCCAUCCUUUUCAUGUAAACGCGUCAGUUUCUUUUGAUGAUGUUAAGGCUAAGGUUCUCAAAUUUCCUUCAGCCUAGUACCACUAAUUUCCGAUUUUCUACCCUUAAUUUCAUAGAAAGCAUGAGAACCCUGCUUAGCAAUUUGCCUCGUUGCGUAUAUCUGGUAUAGGAAUCCAGUUAAGCCAGUAUUGAAUAACCACCUUUUCUAGUCUCGUAGUCUUGGGCAAACAAGAAAACGAGUCACAAACUUUAUUUUCCUUAUCAAACCCUUUUCGAUUUUCUGAUUGACCCAAAAAGUACUUUUCAUUUUGAACAUAUCCCGUUUACAUAGUCAUGGUUGCUUUUUCCGCCACCACUACAUAUUUGGAGAGAAUAGGCUAGACCAAGAAGUUUUUCUUAAUGACCAAAUGACAAUUUUUUUUUUCCCUUUCCUGUAAUUACAGAAAUUCCGAGUCCACGGAAUUUGGACUUGUUGGCUAUGAAUGAUUCUAAUCAAUCUUUUUCUCAUACUGUAUACAUUUUCUAACCAUAUAUUCAUUUCAAGCUUUAAAAAAAUAAAAAUGCCAUUGAUCAUAAAGUAGUUAGCCCAGUCCCUCUGCAAUGUAUAUACAGCUUGGCUUUUGGCUGGACCAUAUUAUUUUAUUGUCUAUAAUUCUGUAACCAAACCAAACUCAUAUUGGCAGAGUUCAUUUGGUGAUUACUAUAUGCUUGGUUCAAAAAUACCGUCAUGCCAUGAUUAAAGACUAUAGCAGAGAUUGGAAUUUUGGGGUGUGAAAAAAUAUUUUUCACUAUUUUGGGGUUUGAAAGCUAAUCUAUAUAUUUUUUUUUUUUUUGGAGGAAAAAGUAAAAAUAAAUAAAUGAUCAACUCAGGAAAUAAUUAAAAUAUUAUGGAAACAUGAAAUCAAUGAUAGGAGUAACCAAAAUUGUGGAGCCGGUCUAUUUAACGUUCUUUUUAGUGUUUUCGUAAAAUCAGCAAUGCAAUAUCUAUAUUUUGAUCUCUACUGGCCAAUAAUACUUGUAGUUUUCUGCUAUCAAUUCAAUUGCUGAAUGACGUGUAUGUACAUAGAAUAAACACUAUUUGCUCGUUGGAGGAUUUUUCUAAAAAUCUUUUAUUAUUGAAGGUAUGUAAUUUUUUGCAAAUAUUAUGGAAUAUAUUGGUAAAACGCAUAGGGUGCCCUGGAGAUAUGGCCUAGUUAAUAUGGAUCUUCUAUGCGUAUUCAAUGUAGGUGUCACCCCCCCCUCCUAAGAGUCCGUUAACCGUUUCCAUGCCCGAGGGAGUGAGAGGCCCUGUCCAAUGUGUUACUACACUCCUCUGGGCAUUGACCGGGUUAAAAAACUUCUUAAUAAAUAAAUCUUUAAAGCUUCUGGUUGCGCCACUUGCAAUAAAAAUAUAGUACAAAUGCAGUAAAUACCCUGUGUCGGUUCUGAAGUGUGAUGCUUCAUAGAGGAUGAUCGAAUACCAGAGGACUGGUAUGAAAACAUGGAUCAGGAUUGGCAUUGAUGUUUGCUACUAAUUGUGAGAGAAGGCCUAUAUAAAUUGUGUUUGCUAGAAAAGAUUUGGUUAAGUGCCUUAGAAUGGAGAUACCAGUAUGUUAAGUGCCUUAGUGCAUCAAUUUUUACAGGCUGCUCCUCCGCUCCUGUCUUGCUCUCUUUGCAUGGCAAUAUAUAUAUAUUGUUCUUUACAUUGCACUGCUUUGUUUAUAUAUACGAUCCCUAAUAAUGCAACAAGCGUAUUCCUGUGCAAAUUAUCCCUGAAUAAAGUACCAAUGAACCAAA